AUGGGCGAUACCAGGACACGGUCCUGUCUUGGUUGGAGCCGGGCUUUCUGUCAAGACAACGGUGCCGCUGACCCUGAGCGGGAGAAACGAUGGGCCGAAUUGUUCGAGCAAAUAGAUUUAAAUAAGGACGGGCGGAUCGACGUCAACGAGCUGCGGACCGGAUUGGCGGCUCGGGGUUUCCUUCGGAGCAAUGUGGAGGAGAUAGUGCAGGCAGGAGACACCAACAAGGAUGGCCAGCUGGACUUUGAAGAGUUCACUGAAUACCUGCGGGCCCAUGAGAAGGCACUGCAGCUCAUGUUCCGCAUUCUGGACCACAACAACGAUGGUCACAUAGAUCUGGGGGAGAUCCAGCGCUGUCUGCACAACCUGGGAGUGGAUGUGUCUGUGGAGCAGGCUUCCAUAAUACUGCAGAGCAUGGACAAGGACGGAACCAUGACCAUCGACUGGAACGAGUGGCGAGAUCACUUCCUGUUCAACCCCAUCCACAAUGUGGAGGACAUUGCCUACUUCUGGAAACAUUCUCUGAUGCUCGACAUUGGUGAGCAUCUGACUGUUCCAGAUGAGUUUUCGGAGCGGGAGAGGAAGUCUGGGGUGGUGUGGAGGCAGCUCAUGGCGGGGGCGAUGGCGGGGGCUGUGUCACGUACAGGCACGGCCCCCCUGGAUCGCCUCAAGGUCUUCUUACAGGUUCACGGCUCCAGGACCCCCCGGGGUAACCUGUGGACCAGUUUGCGUGGGAUGGUGCAGGAGGGCGGUGUUCGGUCCCUCUGGCGCGGGAACGGGAUCAACGUUCUCAAAAUCGCCCCGGAGUCCGCCAUCAAGUUCAUGGCCUACGAGCAGAUUAAACGGCUGAUGCGAGGGAACAACACAAACGCGUCCCUGCAAGUCCAGGAGAGGUUCAUCGCGGGGUCGCUGGCCGGAGCCACGGCCCAGACCAUAAUCUACCCCAUGGAGGUUCUGAAGACUCGGCUCACCCUGCGCAAGACGGGACAGUACUCUGGGAUGGGCGACUGCGCCAAGAAGAUCCUGUUGAACGAGGGCGUGCUGGCAUUCUACAGAGGCUACAUACCCAACACCCUGGGCAUCAUCCCCUAUGCUGGCAUCGACCUUGCCGUCUAUGAGACCCUGAAGAACGCCUGGCUGCAGCGGUACUCCGCAGGCUCACCGGACCCGGGGGUUCUGGUGCUGCUGGGCUGUGGUACCGUGUCCAGCACCUGCGGCCAGCUGGCCAGCUACCCGCUCGCUCUGGUCAGGACCCGCAUGCAAGCCCAAGCCUCGGUGGACGGCGCCCCCAAGCUCUCCAUGCUGGGCCAGUUCAAGCACAUCGUCUCCCAGGAGGGCGUCCCGGGGCUGUACCGCGGCAUCGCCCCCAACUUCCUAAAGGUCAUCCCCGCGGUCAGCAUCUCCUACGUGGUGUACGAGCACAUGAAGAAGGCCCUCGGCGUGGGCUCUUAGAGGGAGGAGCCAGGGAGGAGGAGGAGGAGGAGUGGUGGAGGCAGUGAUCGUGGGUGUGUGGUCGGGGUGGAGGAGCCCCCGUGGAUGGCUGGGUGUCAACGGAAAAGUCCCCAGUGGGAUGGGACACAGGAGAGGGGGGUGGGGGUUACCCUUGCCCCAUCCCUGAGUACCCUGACUCACGCGCAGACUGGUCCAGCAGCGUACCCGUAGAGAACGGGAAGAGUUUUCUGAGAUGUGAUCCAAGGAUCCAAGUGCUGCUGGGUCUUUUCCAUGGUAGUUUCUUACUGUUUUUGUACCAGGCAGAAACAGAACGCAAGUGGGCCAGUCAUAAGCUACACUUCUUGUGUUCCCGGCCGUUACGCCUGCACCUCAGGAACAGGUAACAUUCUCUUCUCUAGAACGCCCUCCUUCAGUGACAUCGUCGUACAGCAGAGGCAUUAAAGAACAGAAAGUUUAUAACUGCAGACUGGCAAAGUGCUGAAAACUACCCCUGCUUCUGUGUGCACUAACAGACUUUGAGCCCGAAAGAAAUGUGAAUGUGAAUAUUCAGACUACUGUGUGCAACAUGGUGGAUUGUUAUCCUGUAGGGGGAAAACCUGAAACCAAAGCAUCCCUUCAUGAUAAAUCAUGAUGUGUUGAAAUAUGAAGCCAAAAAAAACAGAAAUAUAUUUUGGUUUGUAGAAAUAGGUGUCAUAUCAAAAAUGAUAUAAAACCACUUUCGUUGAAAUAUGUACUUGUGCAGUUUUCAUUUUAAAAUGAAUCAUUUCAAUAUCCUUGAAACUACAGGUACUGUAUGAAGCUUGAAAAACAUUAUACGUACCUCAAUAUAUGCUGCACAUCUUUUUACACUUUUGAAAUUUCCCCCAUUUUGUGAUUUGAAACGGGACUCGUUUACAUCUGGAGUGGAUAUAAGAGGGACUGUACACAACACCAGUUUGCUGAACCAAGCUUGCUGAUGGAUUUGCACUUUUGAAUGUGCUAGUUCCUCCUAAGUGGUAAUGACUGAAAGUGCACUGCAUGAUGCUGCAUUAUUAUGUUUAGCAGACACUGCAAUCUGCCAUUUCAUAGGACUCUUAAUGUUAAUGUCAGAAAAUUGUUUUCUUUUUUGUCGCCGACACAACAAAGUGGGAAAACUUUACAAUAGGUCCUGUUGUGCCUGUUAGUGGCUGUAUAAACACCAGUUACCCAGACAACAACACAUCAGGAGGAUUCUGAACUUCUGGCUGACGUGGCAGCUGUGCGUGGCUUUUGUGCGCUUUUGUCGGUAUGCGAUGCGAGGGAUGAUUUCUUGAAGGAGCCGCACGUCCUCCAGCUUCCCCCGCCAGGUUGCGCGCCAGUGACAGGGCGUUUCCCGAACUUGUCUGUCGACUGGGGCUUCCCGCCUGGGAGUAUCGCAGCUCUGUAAGCCCAGGAGGGACAAACACGCGACCGCAUCGUGCAUUCCAAAUUUCUCGACAGACCCAGGUGCCGUAGGAGGUGGUUUUGGGAAACGGAGCCCAGAACCACAGGGCUUGAGGUCUGGAUCCCAAAUCCAGGCGCUUGCAUCUUACCCCUGAGCAAAGCCACCGACGCUUUCCUGAAUUGCUUCAGCACAUGCCCAGCUGUGUCUGUGAUUGAAUGAAGUGCGUGUAGAGGCUGUAAACCCCCCCUGGGUAUGGGAGCGCAUGCCUGGGAAUAAGAUUUUGUUGCCCUGUGUGUUUGGAGCUCGUCUUCAGCACCCCAGCUCACGAACUCGAGAGGCCUCCUUCUGGCUCUGGGAAACAAGCGAACGACAGACUGAUCACCGUGCAAACGUCGCGGGACCGCGCGUCGCGUUGGUCGCCGAUUUUUCUAAAGCCUGUACGGUUUCGCAAUCGCUGUUGUUGAACCGACCCUGAAGCGUGUACGCCCACUGUAAAGCUGUUCCCCGGCGUGGGAGGGCUGUUCCUCCCUGUGUUCAGGACAGCGGUGACGGUAACUCUGGUUCUCUGUACUAGUUCACUUGUGCGAUUCCAAACGUCGCCGCGAUCGCAAAAGUACUGUAAGGUUCACUAAAGCCAUUCAGUUCGCACAUCUCCCUUUGCAACAAAAAUAUAUAUUUUUCUCCAUAUACGGACAUCCACUUCUGCAAAAAAAUUACACAUCAAGAUUGACAACAUAUUGGAUGGCAGUCCUGAUAAUGUUUUAAGCCAUUACCUACACACAUCAGCGAUAUCAGGACAUGUCUCAAGCUUAUUGCUGAAAUAUGAAAUUGUUGCUUGGAAUGCACAAUAUAAUGUGAGUUGUACUGAGAAAUAUGUUGAAUAAUAUAUCGAGACGUGUUGGUAAAUAUGCCACUGAUUGCCGCUUGUGGCCUCAUUGGGAUGCAUCUGAAUAUAAUAGAAUGUAUUAAGCAAAAAUGAGAGUAUAUCGCUAUUUAUGGAAAAGAGACAUGGAUGGAGAGGGAGGGGAAUGCAGAAGGAGUGGGGGGAAAAAAGAUAAAUGAUGAGAAGAGGGAGGAAGAGAGGGGUGGGUGAGUGGCAGUUAAAGAUAGAUGCAGUAAGGGCUUGUGGCCGGAUGGAGGGUAGAGGGUGACCUGAAUGGGGUUCGGAGAUAAAAUUAUCCACCUUCCUGGAUCCUGAUCUCUUUUUUCCACCAAUGGAACUGCUGUACUUUGAGCAUGUAUGUGAAUGUCUGUGCUGACUGAAUGUAGUAUUUUACACUGGUCUAGAAUUAUCUAUAUUAUAUUAUCAAGACUUUGAAUGCUUGCUUUUAGAAACGUGGUUGUAAAUCUUUAUUCUCUGGUGAAUGGGGCAUGCCAGCAGAAUGCAUGGGGGUGGGGGGUGGGGGGUUUUGCCUAAGAUAAUUUAUAUUUUUGAAGAUUAGUAUCUAUUACCAGCAUGGCAAGUGCAUGUUUCAAUAAAGAGACAAUAUUAUAGUCUUGCUUUUUAACUGCUUAGACUGCCAGGAUUGUCUUGGAUAUGUAUGACUGGCAUGUUGUACCUGUUUUUGGGGGAACUCUCUCUCUCCAGGUGGCAGGAUUGGUUCCUGCUCCAUUCUUUAGUCAGGUCAGGUGGUGGGCACCACGUUUCACUGUGAACCGCCAUUUGUGUACUGGGAAUUGGGGGGGGGGGGGGGCGGAUGAAAAAAAGAAAUCAUCUAUUUAAUAUGUUAAUAUUUUAACAAAUAUUAUACAAAUGGACUAUCCAAAAAUGUUUUGCAGUUAUACCCCACAAACACUGGUGUGCUCAAAAGUUAGUUCAGAUGCCUUUUUUAUUAGGCAGUUCCUUAGCUCUGGGGGGUUAAAUAAGGGCUAUUUGGGGCAAAACUGUUUUUUUUUUUAAUGGAAGUAUUUUUAAAAUUUUGUUACCAACGCGUGGAGGUUGAGUGCUCUGAAAAGAAAACUUAUUUUUAAUGAAUUUCUUCCCUUUUUCCUGACAAUUUGUACUGCCCAGUCACACUCGCACUGCAACCUAUGCUGUCAUUGCGAGAGGGCAUACAGUCUUCUCCAAGGCACGUGAUGUCACCACCAUUUCCUUUCGCAUCGCAGCCAACGAGUCAGGCUCACACAGACAUGAGCACCAAUUAUGCAACUUCCUGCAGCGCCGCCAGUCACAGUUGGAACUGACAGCGUCUAGAUUCAGUACCAGACAGUGGGGCCCAUUCAUGUACUGCAGUAGCCCUUAUUCUUAUCCAGAGCAGUUAUACACCUGGUUAAGGACCCAGAUUAGCAGAAUCAGGUGUGUUAGCUGCCUGGUCGGAACAAAAGCCUGCAUCCACACACCGGCCCUUUCUGGAUGUAUUGAGGCCUUAAUAGGAUGAGCCACCUAGCAGUCUCCUCUGCUGAACUAAUUUUGCAUCUCUCCAUCGCAAUGUAAUCUUAACAUUUUAAGUACUUUCCCUUAAUGGUUAUGAUAAUUAAGAUGCACAGGUUAGUCAUCCAAUUCACUGGCAUUUUUUAAAGAUAUCUAAUUUGUCACAUUACUGUAACACACACACACACACAC